GAAGCUUUGCCCAAGACCUACAUUUUUAGCAGGAACCCACUUUAGAUAUCAGAAUCAGUGAUGGGUUGGUUUAGAACUUCUUUAGAUUAGCUACAUUUUCCCCUCAUUUUCUCUAAAAUAUCAAUCAAAACCCUCAUUUUGGCACUACCCCACUUUUUUUGUAUCAGGGGGAAAAAAUGCCCACAUUCCUCCAAAAAAAUACUACCUUUUCAGUCUUCUAUUGAACCUGUCUUUAAAAGGCAGACCUAUUUCUCUAACUUUAGGGAGAGAGAACAGUAUGGGGUGUGUUGCCUCCAAGUUAGAGGAAGAAGAGGAAGUAGUGUCCAUAUGUAGAGAGAGAAAACACCAGCUAAAGUUGGCUGUAGAGAGAAGGUAUGCUCUUGCAGAUGCACACUGUAGGUAUUGUCAAGCGCUCUUUGGUGUAUCAGCUGCUAUAAGGCUAUUUGUUGCUCGCCAUUCUUCACCUUCCUCACCAUUUCUCAUCACCUUCCCACCACCUUGUCAACCAUCUCCGCCCAGAGAAAAUGAGGUAUCCAACCCAUUAUUCCUUCAACAAACAGAAUCUGAGCCAACCCAAGAAGCCAUUGGUUGUGAAUCAUGCGAUUCUUCCACAUCUUCAGACUCCUCCGAGGAACAAAGAGAUGAAAAAUUAGAGAAAAAUGAAGAACAACCUUGUGGGUAUUUUUAUAUGGAAAUGCCUCAACAAGUGCCACUACCACAGAGAGAUAUUGGGUGGGAUUUCUUUAAUCCAUUCGACGGCAUGAGACCGGAGAUAAUAAGCGGCUAUAAUCGCAUUUCUGAGGAGGAUUUGAGGGCGGUAAGGGAAGAGGAAGGAAUUCCAGAUUUGGAAGAGGAAGGGGAUAGAAUGGAGGAAGAAAAUACGGUGGUGGUGGCUGAUGAAAGUGAGAAUGUAGAGGAGAGUGGGGUUGAAGUUGUGAGUGUAGUGGAUGGUGCCAAUGUGAGCCAGGGAGACCAGAAGGGUUUAACAGUCAUUGAUACACCAGUGAGAGGGAGGGAGUUGUUGGAAGCAUUGAGGGAUAUUGAGGACCAUUUCAUUAGGGCUUAUGAUUCCGGCAAAGAUGUGUCCAGAAUGUUGGAGGCUAAUAGGGCUCAUUUGCAAUCUGGUCUGGAGGAAAUAAAAGAGAAUUCUACAAAACUCAUCCAAGCUAUCACAUCGCGGUCCACUUCCUCUCGGUCUUCAUCCUGUAAGAGUCUUGUAGUAUCUAGUUCCAAAAGCUCAGCAACAUGGACAGAGUUUACGAAUGAUCUCUUUGAUGAUUAUGGAGGAAUGGAUUCAGGAAGCCACUCACUGACACUAGGAAGGCUCUAUGCUUGGGAAAAGAAGCUUUAUGAAGAGGUUAAGGCUGGAGAUAGCACUCGGAAAAUUUAUGAGAGGAAGUGCAAUCAACUGAGAAAUCAGGAUGUCAAAGGGGAAGAAGGACUUGCUGUGGACAAAACCAGGGCUGCUGUAAAAGAUUUAUAUAGCAGGAUAAUAGUUGCUAUUCGAAGUGCCGAAUCAAUCUCAAAAAGAAUUGAGAAACUGAGAGACGAAGAGUUGCAGCCCCAGAUUUUUGAACUACUACAAGGCUUGGUAAGAACCUGGAAGAUUAUGAUGGAAUCUCAUGAAAUUCAGAACAAGAUAAUGUUUGAAGUGAAAUGUUAUACCAGUCCCAGUUAUGGAAAAUUUUGCAACAACUCUCACCGGCUCGCCACUCUUCAGCUUGAGGCUGAGAUUCAGAAUUGGAGAACAUGCUUCAUAGAGUACAUUGCAGCACAAAAGGCAUACAUUGAAGCUCUCGAUGGAUGGCUAUCCAAGUUCAUUGUCCCUGAAACUGAAUUCUACUCUAAUGGAAGGAGUAAGGCUCCACCAUGUCAUGUCAAUGGACCCCCAUUACUUAUGAUUUGCCAUGAUUGGUUAUCUUUCAUGGAUAGGCUCCCAGAUAAAGCGGUUGGCUUUUCAAUGAAAAGCUUUGGAAAGGAUGUAAGGGCUUUGGCUGUUCAGCAAGAAAAAGAACAGCAACAGAAGAGAAAAGUAGACAGAUUGGCAAAAGAAUUUGACAGAAAGAUUCUUGCAUUCCAGAAGGCAGAGAACAGGAUUUCGGAGUCCAAGCUUUUGGUCCAGAAUUCAGAGCCAGACAUGGAACAUCGGGCUGAGAACUUGAGCGCGAAGAAGGAUUUAUUGGACAUUUUUAGAAUGAAAGUAGAUUUAGAGAAGGAAAAACACCACAACUGCAUGCAAGAAACUCAAAGGAUCACAUUGAAUGGAUUCCAGACCGGAUUUUGUGGAGUUUUCGAGUCCUUGACCGACUUCUCUAAGGCUUCUCUAAAAAUGUUCAAUGACCUUGUCAGUUACAGUAAUAAUGCUGAUAAAGUUGGGAAACCGGGAUAUAUAGAGGGCUCCCAAAUUGAAGAUGGCACCAGAUGACAUAGGAAACUUGUUAACGCCAUUAGGGUCUUAGGGUUUGAGGAUUUUUCCGUGAUUCUACAUUAGAUUAUGUCAAAGCAGCUCGCUGAGACAAAUUUAUCUGUAUUUUGUAGUUAGAUUUCCAAUCGACUGGCAAGUUGUUUAUUAUAUACAUGUAAUGGUUGACCACAAUUUUGUUGCAAGACCUGUAAAUUUCCUGAAUUCCUACCUUUCUUGGCAAGGGUCCCAAGAGGGGUUGUACACAUGGGGGGAGAUUCAGGUGGGCAAUCCUGUUAGUUAUUUCAGGUGUUGAAUGGAACAGAAU